AUGCAAAUACUAUUUGGAGUGUUGUUGCUGAUAUCUUGCGUAACAAUAUGGGCGGAUGAUAAUCCAUGCUAUUAUAUAAAAGAGAGGGAAGAUGUUUACAGAGAGGAGGGCGUCGAUGAUGCGAGGAGUUUUGUUUUGAAGGGUGGGGAGAAACUUUUUGGAAAUGAUAAAAAGUGGAUGUUUUGCGAUGCGUCUAAUGAUUUUACAAGCGGAAAGGUUUGGAGUUGUAGCAAUGAUAAAACAUUUAAAGACUUAAUCGAGAAUCACGAACUUUUGCGAGAGAGUGUGGAGGGCGGAAAUCUAUGCGACAGUACUGUGGCAACUCAAAUAAGAGUGCAUAAAGAAAAAAUUGAAAAAUUGAAGGAUAAACUCCGGCAGUUAGGGGUCGAGAAUGAAAAUUACAAAAAAAGCACUGGAGCAAAGCAAAAAAACCCACCAUGUAUCGAGGAUCCAAAAACGUUAAGAGACAAAAGUCAAACAAAUGCAACUCUCGAAACAGCAAACAGAGAAAAGAGAGAUGAAAUAGAGAAGGUAAAGCAACAAUGCAAUCACAAUAUUACACAUCAUAUCACUAAUCACAAAAAAGUAAUCUUGAAAAAGAAAAAAGCUUCUCUCCACGACCUAAAGAAACAGCUGAAUUUGACGACACAAAUGUUUGAGGAAGCAAUAAAGAAAAACAAUUGCAGUGUUUGCUCUGCCGAAACAUGUUACAGCACUCCCAGUGUAAAGGCGGAACUUGACAACAAGUAUCUUGAAAACUCAUGGCUCAAUCUUACCGCAGCACACAGGGAGCAAUGCCUUCUUGAUGAUACAAUGUUGCUACCAAUGUUAUCUUACAUGAGGAGGAAACCCUUUGAUGGUGCUUAUGCUUAUAACCAAAAUGUAGAUAUGAUGGAAAAACUAUUUGCACUUCUAAUUUCAUUUUUAUGCUUUUUAAUUUGA